GUGCCGAUCUGAAUCUCGCAGUGCUUCAAGGCUACUGGAAAAGUAAUCGGCCUGCAGCUGGGAUCGCCAAAAAGGAGUCUUGCAGAAAGCAGGUGGGCUGAAGAUGGGGUUUACGACAACGCACUGCUCCAAAUUCAUCUGUAUAACCAAGAACGAUCGUCUGGACAGUCAAGCGUCCCCGAGAAGUAACAUGGUUUGGUUUUAACGUUAACUCUUCGAUGACAUUUUAAAAGCAUAGAGUAUCAUAUUACCAAUAUAGUACUGCAUCCGACUCCAGGGUGGUUUGUUCGCACAUACCGUUUCGAUAUUUCGUGUCAUCGUUCUCGUCCUACGAAAAUGUCCUUCACAAUGGAGGAUAAUUUGGAAUCGGGGUGGGUAGCUGUGCGACCCAACGUUUUUGACGAGAAGGAAAAGCACAAAUUCGUUUUCAUCGUGGCGUGGAAUGAAGUGGAGGGUAGAUUUGCGAUUACGUGUCACAACAGGACGGUACAGAGAAGGAGCUUUGGAAAGGACCCGCCGGUGGACGCAACAACCCAGGAGGAAGAGGAUAAAACAAAAUGGCCCAAAAGUCCCAUUCACGAUAAAGCAGCAAGGAGCAAAGGGGUAAAGGGAGCUGCAGCCAAAGGCUUUGGCGUCAAAACCAAGUCUCCAUCGAAGGCAGCAACAAAAUCAAGCCCUUCCAAGUCCCAUACUGUGAGUCAACCUGCAGCAUCCCCAGGCAGUCCUGACGUGGAGGUGUUGGAGUCACUCAGAGAUGAUCCCCUGUCCUCCACAGUAGACAGUCUGGAUUUGGAGGAGUUUGACAGUUUGUGCAGGGAAGACUGCAGCUGGGCUGGACUCUUUUCCUUCCAGGAUUUGCGGACCAUUCAUCUGCAGCUAUGCUCUGUAAAUUCAGACCUGGAGCCAUGCCUUCCUGUCUUUCCAGAGGAACCUGCAGGGAUGUGGACUGUCCUGUUUGGCCCGGCGGAAGUCCCCGAGACUGAAAUGGAUGACCUGUGUUACAGAUUACAGGUGUACUUUGGCCAUGCGCUUGACACGUGCGGCUGGAAAAUUCUGUCGCAGUUCUUGUUCACAGAAAACGAUGACCCGGAUGAAUACUACGAGAGCCUGAGUGAACUGAGGCAGUCUGGGUAUGAGGAAGCCCUCAACCGUGCAAAAAAACACCUACAGGAGUUGCUGGAGAAACACAGGGCCAUGGACAGUAUGGUGGAGCUGUUAGAGGUAUAUGAGGAGGAGGACCAGGCCUAUGGAGGGCUACUGGAGGCCUCAACGCAACUCUACCAGUACCUGCUGCAGCCCUUCAGAGACAUGAGGGAACUAGCCAUGCUACGCCGACAACAAAUCAAGAUCUCCAUGGAAAAUGAUUACUUAGGCCCCAGGCGGAUUGAGGCCCUGAAAAAGGAGGACUCUGAUUGGCAGAAGAAGGCUCAGGAGGCGGUCCUCAACAUCCAGGAGUUCACUGUAAAAUACUUUGAAAUCACUGCCAGAGCUCAGAGAGGGGUCUAUGAGCGUAUGAAGACAGACCAACGUAAGUUUGGCAAGGCUGCAUGGACCGCUGCGGUGGAACGCAUGGAAAGACUUCGCUAUUCAGUCGCUAAGGAAACGUUACAGCUCCAAAGAGCCAGGGAGAUCUGCCUGGAACAGAAGAAACAUGCACUCAGGGAGGAGAUGCAGGGCCUAUGUCGUGGUGAGGAUGCAAUCGUUCGCUUAGAUCACCUAGAGGCACAGUAUUAUGAGCUCCAACUCCAAUUGUACGACAUCCAGGCUGAGAUACUACAGUGUGAGGAGCUGCUUCUCACUGCUCAGUUAGAGAGCAUACGCAGACAGAUGACAGAGCGUCAGGACGAGGUCGUCUACUAUGACACCUAUGAGAGUCCAGAUGCUAUUGGUGAGGACGAUGCUGCAGAGAGGGAGGAGCUGAGGAGACUUAAGGUCAGCGCCCGGCAGCUAGAGGCCAGGAGGGGUCGCAUCACAGCCAAACGCUCCUACCUGAGAAACAAGCGGGAAAUCUGUGUGUCCAACCACACUGGGAAGCAGCAAAAACACCACGCUGGCCAGAGGGACUUUGCAUCCCAACAUGCUUUGCAGUGCAAAGAAGAGGAAGUUGAGGAGAGGAAAAAUAGCAGAGUUAGUCAAGAGAGGCAGAGAACUCUUGACAGACUACGCACUUUCAAACAGCGGUACCCGGGUCAAGUCAUUCUGAAGUCCACCCGUCUGCGUGUUGCCCACACCAGAAGGAGAGAGCGAGGGAGGAGCGGGGAUACCGGAGGCGGGAGGGAGAGAGAGGAGCAUGUGGAGCAGCCGCAGUGUUUGAGCACCAGUGUCCAGACUGACCCCAGCCCUGGCCCCAGCCCUGGCCCCACGCUCACCACCCAGCCAAGCGCAGCCCUCACAGCCUCACUGCCUCCUCUGGCUGUACCUGGCCCUCCUGAUUCCCCCUGCUCUCCCUGCUCCCUGCCCUCACUGCUAACAUCCCCCAUCUCCCCACCUCCCCCACCUCCGCCUCCACCUCCCCCUCCACCCAAGGAAGAGCUGUCGCCCUCUGAGAGCCCAGGCUACCAGGGCCAGAGGAAGAAAGCUGAAGGCAAAGGUGAGCCAGAGGAGCCCUCUCUCUCCCCACUCAGCCCCUUCAUCCCUCGCUUCUUCGACAGCAGCCAACUGGUGAGCGCCAGGAAGAAGUUGAGGAAGACCCCAGAGUUGGAUGCCCACAGCAGGAGAGUGAGCUCCCCCAUGGAUGAGGUGUUGGCCUCUCUGAAGAGAGGCAGCUUCCACCUGAAGAAGGUUGACCAGCGCUCCCUGCCUCCUGUCAAGAGUGAAGAUGAUCCCAACAGCAUCCUGGUCCAGAUCCGCCAGGGAGUCAAGCUGAGGCGUGUACCUCUUAAAGAGAGAAAGGACCAUGGGGAGCUGCCAGCAUCCACUGACCCACUAACCAGGAGUAUCCAUGAGGCACUGCGCCGCAUCAAAGAGGCCUCACCGGAGUCUGACUCAGAUGACGAUGGCCUGACCUGCCCAGACUGGGAGAGCUAGGGUUACAGGCUUAACAACAAAUUACAUGCACACAGAUGCUUGCACCCUAUAGCACUGCACACACUGUACUGCACUGCACCGUACGGUACAGUGCUGCAUUGUACUGUACACACACACACAAACACAUACACAAACACUUUUAUUUACAAAAUUGCACAGCCAAUGUUAUAUGUAUCCAAUGAUUUUGCCAGGGCCUGAAUCUUACUGUACUUUCAUCAAAAGAGCACCAAAUAUUCCAAAGGUCUAUGGUCACCCUGUUCAGUUGUUUUUCCCCACUACUUUAACCAUGAAACCAUGAUGAAGGAUGAUUUUAUGUUUAUUAUUAACUGUAGGUAGCUUUGAUUUUUAUGUCUAUAGUCACACUGUAUUGAUGCCAUGAUUAUUGAUGAAUUUUACUGUACUGUUCAAGAACUCUGCACAAGGCAAUCUGUGGCCACAUCAACAGUCACAGAGAAAGCACACAUUUCACACCAACAUACAGCACUGAUUUGUGAAACAGAAUGCCUCAUGCAAAAAGCCGUCAUUCUGUGAAGCAUGUUGUCUUUUCCACUGAUUCCCAAAACAGUCUGAAAAACUGUAUCCAUGUCAACAAUGUUGUAUUUUAUUAAUAUUGUCAUGAAAGCUCUGUUUGCUGUCUUGCUUGGGGCAUACAUUAAUGGGUUUCAAAUCUGAACAGUGCCAAACAAAUAAGUAGAAGGUCCCACCGAGAUUUGAACUCGGAUCGCUGGAUUCAGAGUCCAGAGUGCUAACCAUUACACCAUGGAACCACAUGGUCAGUGUGGAAAGAUGUAUGGCAAUCAGUUGCAGUUGUCACCUCUAUUUAUAGUCAACUGGAAUACUCUGAGCCAUGAUGUGUCACUCAGUCGCUUUUCUCCUGUUGCACGUGUGGAGGUGUGGCCUUGUGGCCUUGUGAGAGAAUGUUGUGACCGCUUCUUUUCAAUCUGACGCUGGACAAAAACAGCAAAUCCGUUAGCCUACAUGUUACCACAUUCCUGCCCCUCCCCCUGCUUGCUAUGUCCUAAACCGCCACCCCACCCCAAUCCUCUCUCUCUCUCGAUGAGGGAAUAUGUAUUGGCCCAUCUGCCUGAUAGCAGCAUAUGGCUGGGCUGGUGGGGGAUAUGGAGGGUCACAGUGAGUUCAUCAUUUGACAUCCUAUCAUAUCUGCCCGGAUUUCAUGCUGAGCUGAAGCUGAUGAACCACAGUAGUUGGUAUAGGGGUCUUCUAAGGUAACCUCUAUGAGUGUAGGCAGACUGGGUUGGUGAUUCCCAAAGUUAGUGUGUGGGCAGCAGAGUCACGCUAAGCGCUUUGAAGCUGGUCCCGCUUUUUUGAAUGGUGGUUAGGCAUGGGGGUGGCUCGAUUCAUCCCUUCCCGUAGAAACCUACUGUGGGCCGUAGAGUGGGAGGUCCAGAAUGAUGCAGUUUCUCUUGCCUCUUUAUUCCCUUUCUCUUCUUUGUUUGGGUGCCUCUUUUACAUCAUUUCUGUUUCAUUCCACGCAGUGGGCAGAGGCACGCAUGAGGUUUGGUGCUCACAGUGCUGGGAGCAAAGGCACCCUCCUGCACACAUGCUCACCUCGCACAUGCACUCGCUCAUGUUCAUGUCAGAGUGAAUCCACAGUUUCUGCUUAAAAGUUUUUUUUCCAACAUAGCUUUAGAAUUUUACAAUAUGAAAUGCUUACAGUUUGAAAUCAGAUUAACUGUACAUUUUUUUGGUUGUUUGUUUUAUCUCUGUUGAGGCAUUGUAUUUUUCAAGCUUGAUGAGCGUAAGGGCACUGAAGAACGUUAAGAAAUAGACCUAACGAAGCAGGAUGGCAUUGUUUUCCACACAAAUAUAUACGUGUAUAUGUACUCGUGGUAACAAGAUACGUGGAUCUAUAUAAUGAGCUCUGAGUUGGGAACAGCCAUAGCAUGUGCUGUAUUAAACACCUUUGAGGCAAGAACAUGUGCCAUUUUUAUUUAUGUAAAGCAUGCAUUCAGGGUUUAUUAUAAGAGGGUGGCUAUUUACUGAUUUAUCAUGAAGCAGACACUAAAGUUGAAGGAAUGUCAUGAAAGUUUGUGUCAAACUUUUCAGCUUGAACAUAGUUUAAUUAGUAAAGAGAGACUUCAUCAUCACUGUCAUGGCAGACCUAAUCUGAGGCACAUGUCCUGAACUAGAACCCAACAUAUAGAGUCUCAUCCGCUGUCACCGUCAGCACAGACUUCUUCCAAUCACCAUGUAGCACAGGGCAGGAAGCCAUGGCUGACCAGACUCUCAAUUCAACCACGCCAAAACCUUAACUGACUUAUGCUUAACAUCCAAGGGAAAGGUUUCCCCACAAAAAUCUUAGUGCUAAGGUUCUCUUUGUCCCCACUGCAUGAAUUGCAAAGGUACGCUCUGUGACAAGACAAUUUUGGGAAACUUGACUCGGAACAACGGGAGAGCAGCACAGUAUUGAGUGUUUUUAACUCGGUCUAUGAAAUUACCUGUACACAGCCUUUUUCUAAGCUAUAUCUGUAUCUUUUGCAUUGCAUCGUCUCAUUUUUAUCCUAUUUUUCCAAAGUAUUUCCAGCCAAAAUGUUUUGUGAUGUAACAGUUUUCUGAACAUUUCCUAUUUUAGUCCCGUCAGCUUCAUACAGGCUGACUGUUUGACCUUCGGUUCGAAUAAAUCAUUCAGUCACUAGAAAAGUGCAAUAACACACAUUGAGAAAUUGAAAAAAAGAAGAAGCUGAAACCACUUAACGGAUGAUUAUUUCAGUUUGAUUGCCUAAAUUUAUGGACCUUUUGAAAAUUGCAAUUUGUUUUUACACAGUAGUGUAUAGACAUACUAUUCCAAGAAAACCUUUUGCCUUUACUCCUGCCAUUUUCAUUUAUUGAUAUCUUUUGUUUGAAUUUACAACUUUCCCCCCCGCAAUUUAAUAAAAUUCUGAGAAACAAAUGUGGAGAUUGUCUGUGUCACUGAAAAAUACUGAAAUAAUAGAAAGAAAAAACAAACGAAAAAAAAUUGCACGCACUGAAUUCUGCAGUCACUGUAUUUCCAUAUAAAACAUAGCAUUUCUCAGUUCACAGAGGUGUAUUCUUAGCCUCGUGGGGCUGUCUUUGUUUUUUAGGUCAACAAAGAAAUUCAGUUUGGCUGAAGCACCAACAGAUGUGUGUCCUGAUCAACUUCACCCACAUUUGGUUAAUCCUCUCACCUGCAAACACACAAGUCUCAACAAUCUAGCGUAAAUAUCAGAAGCCUGAGGUACCUCUUAAAUAUCAUGAGUUCAAAAUUACUUUAGUCAAAAAUAUUGCCAGUCUUCUCAUACCUCUAAAUACAAUAGUAAUACCUACAUUAAAUACCAUAGGUUACAAAACAGGAGAAUGAAAAGCUUCUUAUCCACUACU